AUGGCAUCAUCAUAUCCACGCCCGGACUUCCAACGCAAAGCCCUGAACUGGGCUUCUCUCGACGGCACAUGGGACUUUAUCUUCGACGACGGCAACAUCGGGCUAUCCCAGAAAUGGCAAAACAAGGGCAUCCCCGCACAUGCAGACGACAAACAGCCCAAACGCGAGAUACAAGUCCCAUACGCGUUUCAAACUCCAGCGUCUGGGAUCGGGCUCCUCGAGGCCCACGAGUUGAUGUGGUAUGAGCGUAGUAUCGACGACAUUCGAACCGACGAGGAAAAAGCCAACGGAAGCAGACUGCUCAUCCGCUUCGGCGCCGUCGAUUAUGAGUGCUCUGUUUGGGUAGAUGGUCACUUUGUCGGUGGCCAUCGUGGCGGCCAUGUCCCUUUUGAUUUGGAUGUGACGGAUGCAUUCCCACCGGAGGCACAGUCCGCCCGUCUGACCAUGCGCAUAAGAGACUCGCCGUAUGACCUUGCCCAGCCGCGUGGGAAGCAGUACUGGAAGCCUAUUUCGGAAAAUAUUUUCUACACGCCAACCGGUGGUAUUUGGUUGUCUGCUUGGAUGGAGAGUGUGCCUGCUAUGCGGUUGUGUUGUGGUAGUGGUGGGACCGUUCUUCGGUCAGACGAUAUCGAACAUGGCGAGCUUCAUGCGCGGAUCUCUGUGGCUGGUCGAUCGCCGCAGGCUGGGUGUAGUGUUGAGGUUGAAGCUAGUCUGGGCGGAAGCCCUGUGGGCAAGAACAAGGUCCCGUUACCGGCUGAGAGGGACUGGGCUGCUCUGGACUUGAGCAUGAAAGUACCGCAUGCGAUUGAGCUGCAGAAGAAAGCACCGUACGAUGCUGAAGGAGCUUGGCAUGAUUCCGUGGCUCUUUGGGCGCCCGAGCAUCCGAUCUUGUAUGAUUUGGUUCUGCGUCUAUACGACGCCGAUGGCAAGGUUGUUGACGAGAUCGAGACCACUACCGGCAUGCGCAGUCUAUCCUGGCAGACUGGCGAUGGCACCUUCCGAUUAAACGGCAAGCCGCUCUUUCAGAUGUUAUUCUUGGAUCAGGGUUACUGGCCCAAGACCGGAAUUACGCCUCCUUCAUCCGAGGCGCUCAAGGCUGAUAUCAUCAUGGCGAAAGACCUGGGCUUCAACGGGUGCCGCAAGCACCAGAAGGUCGAAGAUCCCCGGUUCCACUACUGGGCUGAUCGGCUGGGCUAUCUUGUCUGGGGCGAGAUGGCUAAUGCUUACGAGUUUGGAAGCGAUUACAUCGAGCGGAUGAAUGCUGAGUGGGCGGAGGCUGUGAAGAGAGAUAUUAAUCAUCCAUGUGUUAUUACGUGGACGCCGAAUAAUGAGAGUUGGGCCUACACUUCGUUGAAGGAUAAUAUUGAGCAGCGGAAUCAUAUUCGCUCUCUGUACUAUCUGACCAAGACGCUGGACCCUAGCCGUCCCAUUAAUGACAACUGUGGCUGGGAGCAUGUACUCACAGAUCUAACCACAUACCACGACUACGCCGACUCACACGAGCUAGCAGAGACAUGCUCCAAGAUGGAAGGCGGGAUCCUAGGCCCGAAGGCUGGACGCGAGAUGUUCACGAAGCCCAUAUAUUCCGGGUUCUCAGGCCACACCUUCGUUGACUCCGGAGCGCAGCAUAAAGCCGGGGCACCGGUAAUUUGCACCGAAUUCGGUGGCGUGAAUAUCGCGCCUCCCAAGGAUAGUCAGGCUGGUGAGCGUGACUGGGGAUAUACCACUGCCACGGACGUUGAAGACUUUGUGAAGCGAUUUGAGAAGCUGGUGAUGGCCAUCGUCAAGGGUGGUCACACGUGCGGACUUGUGUAUACACAGCUGUGUGAUAUUGAGCAAGAGGUCAAUGGGCUGUACACGUACGAUCGACGGGCGAAAGUUCCCGUUGCAAAAGUCAAGGCCAUCAUGGAUGCUGCUCAGGAUUAUUACUAUCAGCAUGUGCAAUCACAUGCUCCAAAGGGUUUCCGGAAGUUGCUGCAUUCUCUGCACCGAUCAUGA